AUGCCGGCCGCUUUGAAGGUUCUUGUUGAAAAAAUGGGGCUUCCAGGAGGAUAUCCGGCAUCGUCUACUCCAUCUUUCAAUAUAUUGAGAUGCUGUGAAUGGUGGAAGGGAAUUGAACAAAGGAUUGCAACUCUUGAGUUUGAUCAGGCUCGCAAAUCAAUGCUGGUUGAAAGUUCAAAAUCUCUAAUUUUACGAGCUGUUCACGAGAUGUCAACGAAUGCCUUACGUUGUCUGGGAUUUUCUUACAAGGACGAUGUUGCUGACUUCAUUAAUUAUGACGAUGAAGGCCAUCCUGCUCAUAAGCUUUUUCUUGAUCCUUCUAAUUAUGCUUUUAUAGAAAGUGAUCUCAUAUUUGCUGGUUUGGUUGGUGUGGGUCUCCGAAAGCGAAAAUCGAGGUCAACAGUUGGGCUGAGGGAUCCUCCACGUGAAGAAGUUUACCAAGCUAUUGAGGACUGUAAAGCAGCUGGCAUUCGAGUAAUGGUGAUAACAGGAAACCUCUCUCAGCAAUACCUUAAUGCUCUUGUGAUUGUCCUCCCAGAUUUCCUUGGAAGAAGUGCUGAUCUUACUUCUUUCAACAUGACAUUAUUGCAAAGUUUUGGGGACUUCCAAAAGGCCACUCCAUAG